AUGCUGGACUUCAUCGAUUCAUACAUUCUGCAACUGUCAGAGUUCAGAUACAGACAGCUGCAAGAUCUUGUCAAGACUGUGGUUCCAAGCAUGAAUGUGAAUAAUGAUGGAAGGGCGCUGUCGAUUAAAUCUCAAUCAACAAGGGAGAGAUCCAAGCCAAGAAGGGACAGGAAGGCGUUGCCCCUGGUUGCCGACGAUGACGAAGAUACGGUGGACAUGGAUAUGGGGUGGCUUGCAACGGACCCAUAA